AAGUAGCUGACAUUACACAGUGUUGAAACAGGGUCCAGCUCGAUGGCCAGUCCGGUUCCAAGUGUAUCGGAGCUGGUGGCGGAGGCCCGGAAUCUGUACGGGCAGGUGUUCGGAGGGGAGGCUCCGCAGGUGGCGGUGUGUGCACCUGGAAGGGUCAACCUGAUAGGGGAGCACACUGACUACAACCAGGGAUUUGUACUACCAAUGGCGUUGCCCCUGGUGACGGUGGUUGUCGGGAGGCAAACUCCUGGCCAGGAUGUUACCAUAGUAACAGCGACUAAGGAUGCUGACGAGCCCCGAAGGGUGGACUUUAGCAUCCCUACUGAUGGAUCGGCGUUGGCUCCAGGGUCACCCAGCUGGGCCAACUAUGUCAAGGGUGUUAUACAUCAUUACAGGGCUCCUCCUGUCCCAGGUUUCAGGGCAGUGAUUGCCAGCAGUGUUCCUCUGGGUGGGGGUCUGUCCAGCUCUGCAUCUUUGGAGGUGGCUUUUUACACGUUCCUGCAGCAGCUCAAGCCAGAUGACAGUGACAAAGUGGCCAAAGCAGUAUCAUGUCAGCAGGCAGAACACACUCAUGCUGGAGUGCCCUGUGGCAUCAUGGAUCAGUUUGUGUCUGUUCUAGGCAGAGAGGGCCACGCUCUGCUCAUUGACUGCAGGUCUCUAGAGGCCACCACUGUCCCACUGUCAGAUCCAAGCCUGGUUAUUCUUGUCACCAACACCAAUGUGAAGCAUUCUUUGACCGGCAGCGAGUACCCAACGAGGCGUAGGCAGUGUGAGCAGGCUGCCUCCAUCCUGGGAAAGCCCAGCCUCAGAAAUGCUACCAUGAAGGACCUAGAGGAUGCAAGAGACAAGAUGGACAAUGUAACCUAUCGCAGAGCUCGACAUGUGAUAGAGGAGAUAGAAAGAACUGCCCAAGCAGCUGAAGCCUUGAAGCGAGGUGCCUACAAAGAAUUUGGCAAGUUAAUGGUGGAGAGCCACAACUCCCUCAGAGAUCUGUAUGAGGUAAGCUGCAGGGAGUUGGAUGAGCUGGUAUCUGCAGCCAUGGAGGUGGAGGGGGUGUUCGGCAGCCGGAUGACCGGUGGAGGAUUCGGUGGAUGCACUGUAACUCUGCUGCAGGCCCACGCUAUUGACAGGACUAUACUCCACAUCCAGGAGCGAUACAGUGGAACUCCUACUUUCUAUGUGACGACUCCAUCAGAGGGAGCUCAGGCUCUAAGUUUGUCCUGACUUUGUCAAGAUUUAAGUCCUCUUUACAGUUUUACUUCUUUCUCCUUUAUUCUGCAAAGUGAAUGAAUCUAGACUCAGUCAAAAGUAACAAGCAGAUUAUGGAUUUACUCCAGAAACAAAUGAUUGUGCCUUCAAAUAAAUUCUUCAGCUGUAAUUACAUUUUUAUAUGAAUUAUGUUACACUCUGUUUUCUAUAUUAUUUGUUGGAACUAAUUCUUUAAUUGCUACUUACAUGUACUGUGAAAACAGUAAACUGAAUCAUUCCCAUAUGAUUUUGUUGUUUGUUGUGGAAAAUGAUUGAAUGGCUGAUUUUUUUUAAUAUGACAUUUUUGCAGUAAUUAAUAGUUUUCUAACAGCAAUGGAUCACAUGAACAUGUGUAAUGUAAGGGAAUGUGCUCACUGUAAGAAAUCCAUCUAGAAUUAUUGCCUGAUUCUUGUUUCCUUUGGUAUGGAAGCCCAUUUCUACCACUGUGUUGAGAAAAGAUUUAGAGAUAGCAUUGUGAGAAAGUUUGUCAUUAUUUUUGAAAUCCUAAGUCAAUAUUAUGAGACAUCAUAUUGGGAAAAAUGUCACUAUGAUGAGAUAUGAAUCUAUUAUUUUUAUUUCUGUGAUUUACUUUUUUCAUCGUAAUGAUGGAAAUAGAUUUCAUAUUUGAGCUUUAUGGCAUGUUCCUGCCCAAAACUGUACAGGUCUGAUUAAAUUCUACUUUUCUCAUAGACAUGUACACAGAACAUUUUUUUCACUCAACAGAUAACCAGUUAUCAAAUCAUUGGUGUAGAUAGUGGAACAGUUAGGAUCAUUGAAAAGUCUGGAGCAACUCCAUGAUUUACACUUUUAUUUAGUACAUUGAUUUUUAUAUGAUACAGUGCUGCAUUGUGGUAUUGUCACAUGCAGUUUGUAUGCUCCAGACAAUGUUAAGAGACUAAAAUAGAGCACAAAGAACAGUAAAUAUUGGAGUUCAAGUACAUUCAUAAGGUACAUAGAUUUCAUUCAUAACCUUGUUCUAUUUUUGCACUAUCUUUCCACAGUGUCUUUUUUUGUGCAAUAAAAGAAAAGAAAAAAAGACUCAAAAUACAGUAAACUUGGUGGGGAGACAAAAAAUGCCAAGAAGUUUAUAAAGACACUCUUGCAAGUAAGUAUAAACAACUAGGCAAUAACCAAAGAAAAAGAAAACACGUUUUUCCUUCCAUAUCCAUCACUGUGAAGAAUAAAAUAUGUAUAUGAAUAUGAAUGCACUAUUAUAGUUUUGCAAGAAUAAACUUGGGUUCAGCUUA